GUUGUUGCUGUAAAUCAACUAACGUCCACUAGGUGGGAGCAAAUUAGGGAUUCCUUUAACUUUUACCCACUUAAACUGUAUUGUACACUCCCCUGCAUUCUGAUGUUGUUCUUCAAUCCCGUAGCAGAGAACCACUGGUUCUACCUACAGGUUAGACCAAGCCACACGGAAACAUCCACUGGUUUCAGGUUGCAGAGGGGGGGGCCGAGGGUCUUUCAUGACGCACUUCAGUCAACCCCCCCCUUUUUACGCUCUCAUUUCGGGUUCGUGCUGGUCCUGUCGGAACGUCAGUGUGGGCUUGUGCAUGGGUUGCGUGUGCUCACGUCUUAGGGCGCAUGCGAACUGAGGCCCAGAGGGGAAGCCUCCCCAGAUUUUAGCCAGCUGCCCUGCUGUAAACACAUCAGCGCUCAGGAGCGGAGGAAGAUGAUGGAGGGGGGAACACACAAAUCCCAAUCCAAGCUACACUUGAAUAUCAACUCAGCACUUUCUUAAAGGAAGGAGAAUAGUCCAGAGAGGGGUGGACCCUGCAACUGAGGCUAACAAGCACCUUUCUGGGGGCUGCUUGCGCUUCGUUUCCUCUCGACUGGUGAGUAGUGGGCAUACUGCAACCCGAGGGGGGGUUCGCAAACAAACUAUCUGACCCUUGGGGUUAACUAGAAUCAGGCUCUGAAAGGCUCUCUAAAGGAGGACAGGAACAGUUAGCGUGAGGCCACGGCAGGGCUCGUGCACCGCUAACUCUCACAGCAGCAGUAGCGACAGGGACUAGUCGAAGAGGAGAUGGCCACAGGAGAUAUCACUACUCUACCCGCCACACCUGAAGAUGGAGGCAGUGGUGGCUUCCCUCCAGGAAACUUCAAGGAGCCAAAGAGGCUGUACUGUAAAAACGGUGGCUUUUUCUUGAGGAUAAACUCCAAUGGAAGUGUGGAUGGGAUCCGAGAGAAGAACGACCCCCAUGUCAAGCUCCAGCUCCAGGCAACCUCCGUGGGGGAGGUAGUGAUCAAAGGGGUGUCAGCCAACCGCUAUCUGGCCAUGAAUGGAGAUGGAAGACUGUUUGGAGCCAGACGGACCACAGAUGAAUGCUACUUCAUGGAGAGGCUGGAAAGCAACAACUACAACACCUACCGCUCUCGGAAGUAUCCUGACAUGUAUGUGGCACUGAAAAGGACUGGCCAGUACAAGUCAGGGUCCAAAACUGGACCGGGCCAAAAAGCCAUUCUCUUUCUCCCAAUGUCGGCCAGACGCUGAGCUGCCCUUGUUUUAUUAUC